GGCUCUACAUUCCGGGAUCGCUCAUUCGGGGCCUGUUGCCGGAAAACAACAGAUGAAUUUAGAAGUCUGCACUGUGCCAUAUGCCUAGUAGGUCUAGCCCACAUCUGGAACAAAUCCCAAAGCAUGCUGGGAUUGGAGGAAGGGGACCCAGGCGAGGUGUGCCACGUGCUGUUCCAGCACCAAGCAUCAGCUCGUGUUUCUGGUGCAUGUUUAGAGCUCUCUGUUUCAUCGCAGCCCAGGACUUCUCAGUGUAACACGCUCGAGAGGCAGCUCUGAGGCUGACAAGACACCUGCCCGGAGCUGGGAGUGGCAGGCAAACCAGAAUGCUGCCCCCGGAGCUGAACGGGGUCUGCCCCGAGGAGGAAGACGGCUACGUGGUGCAUCCCAAGAGCUGCGACCUUGAAAUGGUCCCCAACCUCAGACACAACAAUAGGGGCUUCUGUAAGAGCAGGAGGAAGGCUCGUUUUGCCACCGACAAUAAUGAGAAGGAGAAUCUCAGCUCGUGGAUUCCUGAAAACAUCAGGAAGAAGGAAUGCGUGUACUUCGUUGAAAGCUCCCUGAUGUCAGACACUGGGAGGGUGAUGUGUGAGUGCGGUUACCCCAAGGAGCAGCACCUGGAGGAGGCCACAAAGCCGUCCGUUUUCCUGGGGAAGGAAUGGGACCCCAAGAGGCACAUCCAAGAAAUGCCGACGGACGCGUUCGGUGAUAUCAGCUUUGCGGGCCUGGGUCCGAAGGUGGGAAAGUAUGUGCGCGUCUCGGUGGACACCCCUCCGUGCCUCAUCUACCGGCUGAUGACACAGCACUGGGGCCUCGACGCGCCCAACCUGCUCAUCUCGGUGACGGGGGGCGCCAAGAACUUCAACAUGAUGCCCAGGCUGAAGAACAUCUUCCGGCGCGGGCUGGUCAAGGUGGCCCAGACAACAGGCGCCUGGAUCAUAACGGGGGGGUCCCACGCCGGCGUGAUGAAGCAGGUGGGAGAAGCCGUCAGAGACUUCAGCAUGAGCAGCAGCUGCAAGGAGGGCGAAAUCGUCACCAUCGGCAUCGCCACCUGGGGGACCGUGCACAACCGGAACUCCCACUUCCUCCUGGUGGACGACGGGACGCACGGCCGGUACGGCGUGGAGAUCCCCCUGCGGACCCGGCUGGAGCGCUUCAUUUCCGAGCAGACUAAGGUGAAAGGAGGAGUCGCCAUCCAGAUCCCCAUCGUCUGUGUGGUGCUGGAGGGAGGGCCCGGGACCCUCGAGACGGUCCACGGUGCCAUCACCAAGGGCACCCCCUGCGUGGUCGUGGAGGGCUCCGGGCGCGUGGCCGACGUCAUCGCGCAGGUGGCCCAUCGGCCCGUCCCGGAGAUCACCAUCGCCCUGGUGCGGCAGAAGCUCAACGCCCUCUUCCGGGACACCGACGAGCUCUUCACCGAGGGCAGGCUGGUGGAGUGGACCAAAAAGAUCCAAGACAUAGUGCGGAGCAGGCAGCUCCUGACCAUUUUCCGGGAGGGCAAAGACGGCCUGCAGGAUGUGGAUGUGGCUAUUCUUCAGGCACUGCUCAAAGCCUCCCGCAGCCGGGACCACUUUGGCCACGAGAACUGGGACCAGCAGCUGAAGCUGGCAGUGGCCUGGAACAGAGUGGACAUUGCCCGGAGCGAAAUCUUCACCGACGACCACGAAUGGAAGCCCGCAGACCUGCACCCCGUCAUGGCCGCCGCCCUGAUCGGGAACAAGCCGGACUUCGUGAAGCUCUUCCUGGAGCAGGGCGUGCGCCUGAAGGAGUUCGGCACCUGGGCCACCCUGCUCUACCUCUACGAGAACCUGGCGCCCGCCUACCUCUUCCACGGCAAGCUGCAGAAGGUGCUGCUGGAGGAGAAGGAGCACGCGGCCUGCGCCCAGGUGCCCCAGGUCCAGCUGCACCACGUCUCUGGGGAGGUGCAGGGGGUGAGUCUCCGCUCCUUCCACAAGCGCUCGGCCGGCCGCGUCGCCUUCACCAUGGACCCGGUCAGGGACCUCCUCAUCUGGGCUGUGGUGCAGAGUCGCAAGGAGCUGGCGGAAAUCAUCUGGGCCCAGCCACGCGGGGCUCUGCUCUCCGCCCUGCCAGGCGUCUUCACGGAGUGUCACCGCAAGGACGAGGAGCGAGCCCAGAAGCUGCUGGUCCGCGUCUCCGAGGCCUGGGGCAAGAGCACCUGCUUGCAGCGGGCCAAGAACAUGCACUUUGUGUCCCACGGAGGCGUCCAGGCCUUUCUGACCAGAGUGUGGUGGGGGAAGCUGUGUGUGGACAACGGGCUCUGGAGGGUGAUCCUGUGCGUGGCGUUCUUCCCCCUCGUCUGCACCGGCUUCCUCACCUUCAGGGAGAAGAGGCUGCGGCCCAUGAGCUGCCUGGCCCGCACCCGGGCCUUCUUCACGGCCCCCGUGGUCAUCUUCCACCUGAACAUCCUCUCCUACUUCAGCUUCCUCUGGCUCUUCGCCUACGUCCUGAUGACCGACUUCCAGGCCACGCCGUCCUGGCGGGAGUACGUCAUUUACUUCUGGCUCUUCUCCCUGGUGUGCGAGGAGACCCGCCAGCUGUUCUAUGACCCCGAUGGCCUCGGGCUGCUGAAAAUGGCUUCCUUGUACUUCAGUGAUUUCUGGAACAAGCUGGACGUGUGCGCCAUCUUGAUCUUUAUAGCCGGGCUGGUCUGCCGAUGGAUCCCAUCCACUUUGUAUCCAGGGCGGAUCGUACUGUCGCUGGCGUUCAUUAUUUUCUGCUUGCGGCUGAUGCACAUUUUCACAGUCAGUAAAACGCUGGGGCCCAAGAUCAUCAUAGUGAAGAGAAUGAUGAAGGACGUCUUCUUCUUCCUCUUCCUCUUGGCCGUCUGGGUUGUGUCCUUCGGCGUAGCCAAGCAAGCCAUCCUGAUCCAUAACGAGGAGCGGGUGGACUGGCUCUUCCGGGGCGUCGUCUACCACUCCUACCUGACCAUUUUUGGGCAGAUCCCUACCUACAUUGACGGUACGGCGUCCAAGCACAGACACAGCCCCGCGCUGGGCUCACGCUGCUGGCUGCCCUGGCUGGGGAGGACGGGUUGUUCCCAGUGGGCCGGCGGGGGCGCGGUGCCUGGGCCGGGAUGCUGCCGCCAGCUUCCCCGGACCCGACGCGGGCUGAGCGUGCACCAGGCCGCUGUGCCGCACGGGCGGCUCCUCUGCCCCAUCCCCCUGGCACCAUAUUGGCCAUGGUCCCUCCCCCACCUGCCCCAUAGGUCCCUCCCGGGCUGGGGCCCCUCUCCAGGCCUGCGGGCCCCAGCAGUGACCCCCAAGCAGGAACUCUGCUGCUGUCAGCCCAGCUCCUCUGUGUGCUCGGGGGGCCUGGCUCCUCGUGUUUGUCUCCUAGUCCCCAGCCCAGCCCGGGAGCCGAAGGAGCUGGGCUCGCAGGAGAAGCCCGAGGGGAAGCCGGCCCGGUACCACGUGAGCGCCCGCAACCUCCUCUAUCCCAGCUCCUCCGCCCGCCGCUUCCCGGUGCCGGACGAGAAGGUGCCCUGGGAGGUAGGAGGAGAGGGCCGGUGCCUGGGGGCAGGCAGGCCUAGCGGGAACCCCAUGGGCCGGACGGGCUUACGAGGCCGAGGGCACCUGCGCUGCUUUGGGCCGAACCACGCGCUGCACCCUGUCGUCACCCGCUGGAGAAGGAAUAUGGAUGGCUCCAUUUAUAGGAAAAGCCUAAAGAAAACGCUGGAAGUCUUGGUGGUCAAGUUUCCCUCGUCGGAUCUCUGGGCUCUGCCAGGGGUGAGUGGUCAGAGGCCGGGGGACGGGCUCAGGGAGCGUCGGCAGCUCGUUCAAGGCAGAGAGGUGUUACCG